UUGCCUCAGUCUGUUUGAUUCAUGCUGCUGUCUGAGGUGUGGGUCACCCACUUCACUCUCAUAUUCCACGGCUCAUAGGACUUGAAUUGUUUCAUUUUUGCUGGACUUUGUUGACAAUGUCAUCUUUGUUUUUGUCCCCAAAUGCUAACACUUUAUACAUUUUGUACAUAUAGGGGGAAAUGUGCUGGGUUGUGGAUUAUGGAUAAAUUUAAAUGUGCUAGGAAAACCCGUUGGCAUGUAUGGAUUAACCAGCAGACCAUGUGUGCAUGUGUGUUUAUUCCUUAUAAAUAUUUAUCUCCAUGUGAUUAGAUGUUGCUUUUUACUGAUUAACAUCGGUGUUGAGCAUUUUUUCUGUAUGGCCUUUCAUCUACUGUGAAAUAAUUUUCAGCCAUUUUCUCAUUAAUUAAUUAAUUAAUUAAUUUUUAAGUCAGGGUCUUGCACUGUCACCCAGGUUGGAGUGCAGUUCUGGGAUCAUGGCUCACCACAGCCUCAGAUUCCUGGGCUCAAACAAUCCUCCUGCCUUCGUCUCCUAUGUAGCUGGAACUACAGGCACAUGCUACCAUCCCUGGCUAAUUUUUAAAUUUUUUGUAGAGAUGAGGUUUUGCCAUGUUGCUUAGGCUGUUCUCAAACUCAAGCAGUCCUCCCACUCCAACCUCCCAGAGUAUUGGGAUGACAGGCAUAAGUCACGCACAACUCUUCUUAAUUUUCAGAGUUGAAUUUCUCAGUCCCUUCCUUUGGGACCUACUUUAUUUUCUUACAUAAGAAAACAGCCAGGCACGGUGGCUCACACUUGUAAUCCCAGCACGUUGGGAGGCUGAGGCAGGCAGAUCAUCUGAGGUCGGGAGUUUGAGACCACCCUUACCAACAUGGUGAAACCCUGUCUCUACUAAAAAUACAAAAUUAGCUGGGCAUGAUGGCACAGGCCUGUAAUCCCAGCAACUUGGGAGGCCAAGGCAGAAGAAUCACUUGACCCCAGGAGACAGAGGUUGCAGUGAGCCAAGAUCAUGCCAUUGCACUCCAGCCUGGGCAACAAGUGCGAAACUCCGUCUCAAAGGAAAAAAAAAAAAAAAAAAAAAAAGAUUCUUUACUCAGGGACAAGAUAUAAGCCCUGGAUCAUAAGACCUCCCCAAACAGGUUAAUUUGAAAGCCUUCCAAACGUAACUUGUAGGAUAGUACAAGGUGACCUAAUGCCUAAAUAUCAGACCAGUGACCAAGUUUCCGUCUUAGAGGAAACUUGUUUUUCCUGGUAGACACCUUAUGGCCCAUUGUCUGACCAGUUUUUCUUUUAUUACUACCAAGAUAGCCACUGCCAAAAUAAUCUUACAAAGAAAGCCCUGACUGGGUAAAAAUUAGAUUCAGGUAUAUUGGUCAGGUAAGACACAGAGGAAGCAACUCAACAAAAUGCAAGAAAUAACAGAAACUAUGUAUUAUUUAGAGAUCCCAGAAAGAAGAGGUUAGCACACAUUGAAAGCCAGUAGGUACUGGGAAGCCAUCUAGUACAUGUGUAUUUUGCUAUGUGGUUUUAUAAGUUUUGCCUUAUGUAUUUUGAUGAUUUGUUUUAUGAGCAUAGAUAUUAACGAUUAUUAUGUCUUCUUGUAUAACUGACUUCUUUAUCUUUAUGAAAUCUCUUCAUCCCCUGUAUCCUUCCUUGACCUAAAACCUGAUUUAUCUAAAUUUAAAAUAGCUAGUCCAUAUUUCUUUUGAUUAGGGCUAGAAUGGCAUAUAUUCCUCCAUACCUUUAUAUUUAAUGUAUUUGUAUCUUUCAGUUUAAAAUGGUUUUCAUGUACACAUUGCUGGGCCUUGUUUUAUUUGUUUUUUUUUUUUUUUUGAGACAGAGUCUUGCUCUGUUGCCCAGGCUGAAAUGAGGUGGCACAAUCUCGGCUCACUGCAGCCUCCGCCUCCCGGGUUCAAGUGAUUCUCAUGCCUCAGCCUCCCAAGUAGCUGAGAUUACAGGCAUGCACUGCCACGCCUGGCUAAUUUUUUUGUAUUUUUAGUAGAGAUGGGGUUUCAUCAUGUUGGACAGGCUGGUCUCAAACUCCUGGCCUCAAGCAAUGCGCCCGCCUCAGCAUUCCAAAAUGCUGGGAUUACAGGCGUGAGCCACUGUGCCCUUCCAGCCUUGUUUUUUUAAUUCUAUUCAGCCAGUCCAUGUCUUUUUAACUGGUAUAUGUAGAUAAUACACAUUCAAAGUGGUAUUGACAUAAUUGGAUUAAUAUGUACAUAUGUUAAUUGUUUUCUAUUCUUAUACUUGACUGUUUUUUCAACUUCUCCACUUUUUCUGCUUUCAUUUUAACUGAGCAUUCUAUAUGAUUCUAUUUGCUUGCUUCUAUCAGUAUAGUAAGUCUACUUGUUUCUUAAAUUUUAUUAGCAAAUUCCCUAUAGUUUGUAGUAUACCAUAUAUAACUAAUGGACCUUCAGUUUCAAAUAAUGCUAUACUGGCUUUGGGAGUAGUGCUGGUAUUACUUACUGUUCCAAAUUCCUUCCUCCCAUCCCAUAUAACAUCACUGUUAUUCAUUUGCCCUAUCGGAAGCUGUUACUACCCAAUACAUUGCUAGUAUUAUUUCAAACAAAUUUGUAUCUGUUAGAUCAGGUAGUAUAAGAAAAGUAUGCCAUAAUAUACCUGUGUGCUUUUCAGUACCCUAAUUUCUGAAGGAAAUUUUAUCUCCAGCUUUUCUUCCCAAGACUUAGUAGGUCUGCUGUUCGUCUUAACCGUAAUCUGUGGUUCCAGGUGGUUGAAGGCUUUCUGUGUAUUUUGCAACAUUUUGAAGCAGUUCUUGCCAUGUUUGACCCUGAUUGGGUUCCAUCACUGAUGAAAUGGAAAAGAGAGCCUUGGCCGGGCGCUGUGGCUCACGCCUGUAACCCCAGCACUUUGGGAGGCUGAGGCGGGUGGAUUACGAGGUCAGGAGAUCGAGACCAUCCUGGCUAACACGGUGAAACCCCGUCUCUACUAAAAAUACAAAAAAAUUAGCUGAUCGUGGUGGCGGGCACCUGUAGUCCCAGCUACUUGGGAGGCUGAGGCAGGAGAAUGGCAUGAACCUGGGAGGCGGAGCUUGCAGUGAGCCGAGAUCGCGACACUGAACUCCAGCCUGGGCGACAGAGCGAGACUCCGUCUCAAAAAAAAAAAAGAAAAAAAAGAAAGAAAAGAGAGUCUGUUUCAGACCUUUGGAUAGUCCUUGUACCAACUGGAAAAUACAAAGGCAAUAAUUUGCAAGUAAGACCUGAUCUGCUGUCUCUAGGGAUCCACAUUGAAAACUUGGUCUGCUGUCUUCAAGACUGGCUCUGAUGUGAGGAGGGAUUGGGACAAGGACAAAUAAAAACUCCACAAAGCUUUUCGACCAUUUUUUGCUUUCCUUUUUCUGUUUGUUUAUCUCCCUGUUAAUAGUAUAGGAUGCCGAAUAUUAUAGUUUAAAAAUCCUUUAUCUGUUUUUGGAAAGCUGUAACUUUCUUGGUUAGAAGGUUUUUUGGGGCGGUUUCUUUUUUUGUUGUUAUUGUUUUUUGUUUGUUUGUUUGUUUUGAGAUGGAGUCUCACUCUGUCUCCAGGCUGGAGUGCAGUGGCAUGAUCUUGGCUCAUUGCAGUAUCCGCCUCCCAGGUUCAAGCGAUUCUCCUGCCUCAGCCUCCUGCGUAGCUGGGAUGACAGGUGCGCCACCACACCCAGCUAAUUUUUUUUGUAUUUUUAGUAGAGACGGGGUUUCACCAUGUUGGCCAGGAUGGUCUCGAUCUCCUGACCUUUUGAUCUGCCCCCCUAGGCCUCCCGAAGUGCUGGGAUUACAGUCGUGAGCCACCACACCCUGCCGGUUAGGUUUUUAACCUUUUCAGAUAUUUGUGACUUUUAUUAGAUUUGGUAAUAUAAUCUUUGUUGACUGCUAAAAGUCUCUUUAGGAAUUUAGGAAAUAUUAUAGAUAAUCAUGAGAGGUGACAUUGAGUUUUUUCUUAGAACAUGUGCAAUCUUUCCCUGUCUUUCCUCCUCCUUUGUCAUUAUCCAAUGAAAAAUGUAUAAUUUUUCCAUUGAGAUAGUGAGAUAUUUUUUAUUAGUCUUUUGUCAUGCUUAACUACAUUUGGUCUAAUGGAAACCAGUUGCCAGUUUCCAAAUGUUCUCUCUUAGUGUAAUUGCAUAGGAUGGGCUAAAUAUCCCAUGUAACAAGUUGCAACCAAACACGUGAAAUGUUAGCUACUAGGGUCCCUCAGUAGCGAUCCAGUGUCCAGAGUGUUUCUUCAUAACUGUCUUAGUCUGUUUUUUGUUACUUAUAACAGGAUUACCUGAGCCUGGGUAAUUUAUAAAAAAAAAAAAAAACCACUAUUUUUUUAUACUUCUGGAGACUGAGAAGCCCAAAGUCAAGGCUUAGCAUCUGGUAAGAGCCUCCUUGCUGGUGGGGACUCUGCAGAGUCCCUAGGUGGCACAGGGUAUCUCAUGGCCAGGGGCCCAGUGUUAAUUCAGGUCUCUUCCUCUUCUCAUAAGGACACUAGGCCUACUCCUGAGAUACCCCAUUUAUUCAUUAAGCCAUUAAUCUAUGAAUGGAUUAGUACAUUCCUGAGGUCCAAACCCUCAAGAUCCAAUCAAGUCUUAAAGCCCCACAUUUCAUUAUUGUCAUAUUGAGGAUGAAGUUUCAGCAUGAGUUUUGGAGAGCACAAGCAUUCUAACUUGUGCUGUGGCUAACAGGUAUUCUCUCUCUGCUGAUCAUGUAACAAACUUCCAAACUCUCAGAGGGGGAAUAGGAGUUAAGUUAAAAAAAAAUUAUAUAUAUAUAUGUAUUUUUUAUUUUUUACUUUUAUUAUAUUUUUUGAGACAGGAUCUCAUUCUGUUGCUUAGGCUGGAGGGAGUACAGCGGCAUGAUCACGGCUCACUGCAGCCCCAACCUCGUGGGCUUGGGUGAUCCUCCCACCUCAGCAUCCUGGGUAGCUGGGACUACAGGCAUGCGCCACCACAUCUUGCUUUUUUUUUUUUUUUUUUGUAUUUUUUGUAGAGACAAGGUCUCACCAUGUUUCCCAGGCUGGUCUCAAACUCCUGGGCUUAAGUGUUCCACCUGUCUUGGCCUCCCAAAGUGCUGGGAUUAUAGGCAUGAGCCACUGAGUCAGACCUAGUUUUAUUUUUUGUUGAGAAAAGGGCUUACUAUGUUGCCCAUGCUGGUCCUAAACUCCUGUUCUUAAGUGAUCCUUCCACUUUGGCCCCGCAAAGUGAUGGGAUUGCAGGCCUAAGUCGCCAUGCCUGGCCCCUAUAUUUUGCAUAAACAGUUUAGGCACACUCAGCCUCUGUUAUUAGUUACAUUAGUGGGAUCCGGUGCCUAGACACCAUGAAAGAUCCAAGUUUGCAAAUGAGCAUUUGUCAGGAUAUGCAGUUUCAGGACUGGGAGUGGUAACUCUUCUACACAAUAGGUAGUUGUACUUUGUCAUGAUAAGAACUACACAGACCGCUGUAGAAAUAGACAUCAGGGGUGACGCAGGCAAUAAGACUCACUCACUUAACUCACCAACAAGAGGCAGGUUCCUAUUCAACUGUUACUUUACCAAACACAUUCAACUAAAGCAUCACAAUGGCUUUGUGGGAAAAAGUGAGUGUAGACAAAAUAAGAGUGGGUUUACUAUGUCAUCCAAUAAAUGCUUGGAAACCACAGCAUCAUGCAAAGUUUAUGCAGUGAGUAUGGAUUCUCAGUGCUGUCCAUCUCAACCUUCCUCCUCUGCACAUGUGGGAUGUUUCAGGACUCAGUGGCCUUUGAAGAUGUGGCUGUGAACUUCACACAAGAGGAGUGGGCUUUGCUGGGUCCAUCACAGAAGAGUCUCUACAGAAAUGUCAUGCAGGAAACCAUUAGGAACCUGGACUGUAUAGAAAUGAAAUGGGAGGACCAGAACAUUGGAGAUCAGUGCCAAAAUGCCAAGAGAAAUCUAAGAAGUCAUACAUGUGAAAUUAAAGAUGACAGUCAAUGUGGAGAAACUUUUGGCCAGAUUCCAGAUAGUAUUGUGAACAAGAACACUCCUCGAGUAAAUCCAUGUGACAGUGGUGAGUGUGGAGAAGUCAUCUUGGGUCAUUCGUCUCUUAAUUGCAACAUCAGAGUUGACACUGGACACAAAUCAUGUGAGCAUCAGGAAUAUGGAGAGAAGCCGUAUACACACAAACAACGUGGGAAAGCCAUCAGUCAUCAGCACUCCUUUCAGACACAUGAAAGGCCCCCUGCCGGAAAGAAACCCUUCGAUUGUAAAGAAUGUGCAAAAACCUUUAGUUCUCUUGGAAACCUCCGAAGACACAUGGCGGCACACCAUGGAGAUGGACCUUAUAAAUGUAAGUUGUGUGGGAAAGCCUUUGUUUGGCCCAGUUUAUUUCAUUUGCACGAAAGAACACACACUGGAGAGAAACCGUAUGAAUGUAAGCAGUGUUCUAAAGCCUUUCCUUUUUACAGUUCCUAUCUAAGACAUGAAAGAAUCCACACGGGAGAGAAAGCGUAUGAAUGUAAGCAGUGUUCCAAAGCCUUUCCUGAUUACAGUACCUAUCUAAGACAUGAGAGAACUCACACCGGAGAGAAACCCUAUAAAUGUACACAAUGUGGGAAAGCCUUCAGCUGUUACUAUUACACUCGACUACAUGAAAGGACUCACACGGGAGAACAACCCUAUGCAUGUAAGCAAUGUGGGAAAACGUUUUAUCAUCACACAAGCUUUCGAAGACACAUGAUAAGGCACACUGGAGAUGGACCACAUAAAUGUAAGAUAUGUGGGAAAGGCUUUGAUUGUCCUAGUUCAGUUCGAAAUCAUGAAACUACUCACACUGGAGAGAAACCCUAUGAAUGUAAGCAGUGUGGGAAAGUGUUAUCUCAUAGCUCGAGCUUUCGAAGUCACAUGAUAACACACACAGGAGAUGGACCCCAGAAAUGCAAGAUAUGUGGGAAAGCCUUUGGUUGUCCCAGUUUAUUUCAAAGACAUGAAAGGACUCACACUGGAGAGAAACCCUAUCAAUGUAAACAAUGUGGUAAAGCCUUCAGUCUUGCCGGUUCCCUUCGAAGACAUGAAGCAACUCACACUGGAGUGAAACCCUAUAAAUGUCAGUGUGGGAAAGCCUUUAGUGAUCUCUCUUCCUUUCAAAAUCAUGAGACAACUCACACUGGAGAGAAGCCAUAUGAGUGUAAGGAAUGUGGGAAAGCAUUCAGUUGUUUCAAAUACCUUUCUCAACAUAAAAGGACCCACACAGUAGAAAAACCUUAUGAGUGUAAAACAUGUAGGAAAGCCUUCAGUCAUUUCAGUAACUUAAAAGUCCAUGAAAGGAUUCACUCUGGAGAGAAGCCAUAUGAAUGUAAGGAAUGUGGAAAAGCAUUCUCUUGGCUCACUUGCCUUCUACGACAUGAAAGAAUUCACACUGGAGAGAAACCCUAUGAAUGUCUACAAUGUGGUAAAGCCUUCACUCGUUCCCGUUUCCUUCGAGGACAUGAAAAAACUCACACUGGAGAGAAGCUGUAUGAAUGUAAGGAAUGUGGGAAAGCAUUGAGUUCUCUCCGUUCCUUGCAUAGACAUAAAAGGACUCACUGGAAAGAUACUCUCUAAAUGUAUGGAAUGUGGGAAAACAUUCAGUACUUUAAUUUCAGAAACUUGAAAGAACUCACUUUGGAGAUAGACCCUAUGAAUGUAAACAUGGGAUAAAGCCUUAAGUAGUUUCAAUUUUUUUAAAUACAGUUAUCCCCCAAUAUAUUGCAGGGGAUUGGUUCCAGCACCCUCUAAAUCCACAGAUGCCAAGUCCUUUGUUAUAUGGCAUAUUUGCAUGUAACCUAUGCAUAUCCUCCAGUAUACUGUGUAAAUCAUCUCUAGAUGACUUUUAAUACCUCAUGCAUUGUAAAAGCUAUGUAAAUAGUUGUUUGAUUGUAUUGUUUAGAGAAUCAUGACAAGAAAAAUAGUCUCUACAUGUUCAAUGCAGACACAACCAUUGCAGGCCCACCUACGUGGUAUAUGUCACCCAGAACAUUAAAAUUUGUUUUAACGUUCA